AUGACGUCCACACAAACGCAACAGGACAUUGAUGAGGAAUGGAGGCGGCGAUUGUCGGCUGCGAUCCGACGUGAGGACGAAGGAUCUUUGGAGGAGGAGGAGGACGACGAGAGUCGCGACUUUGUACUCCAUCCACUGUGCCGUGCCGGUCCCCUUCAGAUGACCGUGAAGCCAUCCUCGUCGUCGUCGGAUGACAUGUCACUGUCGCCGCCUCACUCACUUCUACCCCUCGGCGUUUUUCCAUUAGUCAAAGCGUCGUCGGUGGCGCAGACGUCGUCCAUCACAACUGGAUUAGUGAAGAAGCGGCGGAGCUCGUCGUCGCCCGAAGAUAUUUGUCGCGAAAAGAUUCCACACCUUCAAGCGGCCGCGUUUCCGUUGGCGCGUCAACGCGCCGGCGCCACGACGCUGCUCACGUCGUCGCCGAGCCGAACCGCUCCGCCGCCGUCCGGCAUCGUCCGGUUUCUUGAAGAAGAGGAUCUUCUGCUCCAGAAGCCGACGACGAGUACGAGCGCGCCGGCGAGCCCGCUGCGGAGCCAGAUGACGGUGGUGGCGGCGGCGGCGAAGAGCAGCAGCAGCAGCCGCAGCGAGAGCCAGGAUCUCAACUUUUCGUCGGAGCUCUUUUGGCUCAAGAAGCAGCUGUCCGAUCAUUGGUCGCUCAAAUGGAUGUUCCAGGUACAUAUCUAUCAUCUUUCCACCUUUUUUUUUUGACUGUUCUGAGCCGUCUAUAGGAAUGCGUAAGAUCUUUGUCUUUUCUGCUCUUUGACAUGGGUUUUCUCAAAACGGUGCAUCGGCAACAUAGAAGUCUAGUCUCCUGUACACCCUCUGACACAUGGUGCAUCGACCAGCAGACGACGUAACGUGGCAGACCACAGAAAAUAAGUAGCUUAUCCCGUUUUUUUCUCCUAAAAAUAGCCACCACAGUGUUGUCUUCAUCUCACCCGACGCCCGACAGGAAAAGAGGAAGGAAAACAACAAUUUUCGUUUAGCAAAAAGGGGCCAUAUUAUCUGUGUGUGGUGUUUCACCAAUUUCCGAUUAUGACUCAUUUUGCCCCCCGCUCCGAUAUCAUAACAAGUUGAUAAUUGUACAAUAUCAGGUGAUUUGGGGUCUUAAGAUCUCCUUCCAAGUUGUUUGUGGCGCCUCCAACAAAAAAAAAACACGCGUUUCUUCAUCUCUUCCGCUUCAUGAAUUUGUAAUCGGUGGUUCAUGUCGAAAAUAGGUCAACUAGAGGGGAAAUGGUGGCAUUUGAAGAGAAACAGCUCGCGCGCUCUCGUUUCGACUAGAGAUGUAUGUACAAAUUGAAUGCUAAAACGGAAAUUGAGAUGAAUUCUUGGCAAAUUGAGCAAAUUGAGCAAAUUGAGGUCAGGGAGCUCACACGCGGACGCUUGUUUAGGAUUAUUUUGGAAACAUUUGAAGGAAAGAGCUCAUUGAAAGGCUUCAAGAAAGUGAAGAGCCGAUGAGAAACCUAGAAAUGAAGUUUCUUUCGCGUGGUGCACUCGCCACAAGUACCUAUUGAAAGACUUUUAAAACUAAUCAGGUUGGAGCAGCAUUACAACUUGUCAACAACAUGGUUCAUUGGCCAAUCAUUGUGCAUUGACGUGAACUUGUGAACUUUUGAAAGAACACCACAAUAUCGGUUUCAGUCAAAAGUGUAUAAACACAUUUGCGCAACUCAAUACCUUUAGCCAGAACAAUGGAACUUUUAUAAACACUACUUAUUCCUCUCGCUCGUUUUUUUUUAAAUGGUAAUACAAUACCUCCAACCUGGAACCCGGUGUCGUCAGUUUACUUUUUCCUAAAAUAGACACGCACUGUCCUUGAACACCGCCUACGCCUUUCUCGAAACUUUUCCUAUCACUGAUCCCUCCUCUGUGCGCUGUGGCGAGGCGGGCGCCCAAUUGGGAAACAUACACGCAAAACGAGUGUUUCCAAAUUUCCCUUUUCGAGAAAAACCGGACCCGAAACAUUGGUGUACAUGGAUGUUCCGAAUAGAGAUAGUUGUAGAGACAGUUUUACCUCCCCCCCACCCUCCAAAAAAAAAAGGUUUUUUUUUCCGCUCUGUUCAAUGCCACACUAGUAACACGAGAGGAGUAUAUAAACAUUUUCGGCCGGUAGAGGGGAAGAGAGAAUACAAAUAUUGUCGGUCUGUAAACAUUUCGGUUUAUAUACAUGACCUAGCGGAAAAGUUAGUCCAGCCUCAACCGGAAGGAAGAAAGUGUGUGGGUGCUGCUGGAAGCGAGCAGAAGAGGAAAACGUUUCUUUUUGAUUUUUCCCUCAGUUUUUUUGGUCAAGAUAGUGUGUUGGAAUUGCUCUUUCUCUCUCUCUCUCUCUCUCUCCCUCUCUGGAUCUCCUCCCCCAUUUAAUCCGAGGGCAGCACACACACACACACACACAUUCAAAUGACGGCUUCUUCUUCUUCCGCUCCGUCGUCACCGCGCUCCGCGUCGAGUCAAUCGAUAAGUUGCUCUUCUGAAGACGGCGGCUCCUCAUCGUGCACCUCGUCGUGCUCUUCCGAAGAUUCGUCGUCGGUGUGCGGCGAGACUUCGGAAGACACGACGACGUCUUCCGACGUGUCGGCCGAGGAAGAUUUUUACGAUGACGACGACGACGAUCGUCUCACGAAUCACUCGUUGACUCCGCAACCCAACGUGCGUUCCAACUUUGACGCUUUUUCGUUUGAAAAACCGCUUCCAAUGGCGUAUUUUUGCGUCGCACAUGUUGUACAAGGUUCCAGGGGGGAAAAAGAUUGAUUCAGAAACAUUAAAAGUCAAUGUAAGGUGAUUUUUUGCAGAACACGGCGUGUCUUGACGACUUUGAUCGGAUAAAAACGCUCGGAACCGGCUCGUUUGGACGCGUGAUGCUCGUCAAGCACAAACAGUCGGGGAACUUUUAUGCGAUGAAGAUUCUGGACAAACAAAAGGUACCCACUCCCUCGAAUUAUCGUCUCCAACGACUGAAACUUUGCAGGUAGUGAAACUCAAGCAAGUGGAGCACACGUUGAACGAGAAGCGAAUCCUUCAAGCCAUCGAUUUUCCGUUCUUGGUCAACAUGCAGUUUUCGUUCAAGGUAAGAAGAUAGAUGGACACUCCUGAUGAUACCCAUGCCCAAAUUGAAUAUUGUAGGACAACUCGAAUCUGUACAUGGUGCUCGAGUUCAUUUCGGGCGGUGAAAUGUUCUCGCACCUACGCAGAAUCGGUCGCUUCUCCGAGCCGCACUCGCGGUUCUACGCCGCUCAAAUUGUGCUCGCCUUCGAAUAUCUCCACUCGCUCGACCUCAUCUAUCGCGAUCUGAAACCCGAGAAUUUGCUCAUCGACUCGACCGGAUAUCUUAAGGUUUGCAAAAAAUGCAAUCUUCCUCAACCUCUUUCCAUUAGUUCUAAAAAAGAUGUCUCAUCGAUUGCUAGUAGAAAAUAUAUUCAUAUUUUAUCGGCUCGAUGAGAAAUGUACGUGUGUGUGUGUGUGUGUGUGUGUAAUCGGAUUAGAAUCCCCAUGUCACUUUCAGUAUGUGCCAGGGGAGAAGCGAAGCAAUCAGGCGUGCCAGAGAAGAAAACGGGAUUAGCUAGGCAGGAUAGGGGAUAGUAGCGGGUGAUAAAAAUAAAAACGUGCAUUAUAUAUAUAUAAAUAUAGACUAGGAUAUAAUCCCUCGCUCCUCUAGCAUCUAUUUCUCCUCUCUAGCCUCCUGUCAUUGGCAGACGAUUGAAAUGCGUCAAGAUCUCAUUUUCAACACGCGUUUACGCAUUUGGAAUGAGUUUCUGGAAAAAGGAGGAGGGAUGUCACGGAAAUGGACUGUGAAAAGGAGCCUAGACUGGUGCAAAGACAAACCACUUUUUGAUAUUAUAGGGACACCGGACAGAAAGGGCGCGCUAUUGAGAAGAGCCCGCGAAAACCUGGGGGACUCUAAAUUUGAAUGGUGUGAGAAGAGAAAGUUAUGGGGCUAUUCAGCGUAUGUUUGUUUUCCGUUUUUUUUCGUUUUUUUACAUUGCUGAAUUGGAUUUUUUGACGUAAAAAAACGAAAAAAACGGAAAUAAUCAUUUUUUCACAGCCUGAAUAACCCCAUUAGUCCGCGGCCACGUAGGCUGCUGCAGAAAUUUUUGUUUUCCUUCAGUUUUUUCGUUUUCGUUUUAAUAAAUCGAUUGUGUUCUCACCUUUUUCGUAGUGAAUUUAAUUGAAUUUUUUCUUUUUCAUGUAUAGAAUUUCUAUAAAAAGCUAUCGCAGUCGAAAAAUGGUGCACGCGUCGUCAAUGUUUUCUCUUAUUUUCCGCAAACUGUUGAUUGAAUCUGUUUAGAAACGCAUAUUUCGAACAUGAAAAAGAAAAAACUAAUUAAAUUCACUACGAAAAAGGUGAGAACACACUCGAUUUAUUAAAACGAAAACGAAAAAACGGAAGGAAAACAAAAAUAACUUUCUCUUCUCACACCAUUCAAAUUUAGAGUCGCCCAGGUUUUCGCGGGCUCUUCUCAAUAGCGCGCCCGUUCUGUCCGGACGAAGAGUUUUUACGGAAAAGCAGAAAUGCUUCUUUCAGAUAACCGAUUUCGGAUUCGCGAAGCGUGUGAAGGGACGCACGUGGACACUGUGCGGAACGCCCGAAUACCUGGCGCCGGAGAUAAUUCUCUCGAAAGGAUACAACAAGGCGGUCGAUUGGUGGGCGCUCGGAGUGCUCAUCUACGAAAUGGCCGCCGGAUAUCCGCCGUUCUUCGCCGAUCAACCGAUUCAGAUCUACGAGAAGAUUGUGUCCGGCAAGGUUGGUCCCCCUUAUAAAACUAGCAUCCAAUACGCCUGUUUCCAGGUCAAAUUUCCGUCGCAUUUCUCGAAUGAGCUGAAAGAUCUGCUCAAGAACCUGCUGCAAGUGGAUCUGACGAAACGGUUCGGAAAUCUGAGGAACGGAGUGGCGGACAUUAAGAAUCACAAGUGGUUCAGCAGCACCGACUGGAUUGCCAUCUACCAGAGAAAGGUGAGCACGAAAUCGAGGAGGAUGCUCCUCCGAACGUCCCUCCCGAAUGAAGCAUGUGCAUGUGUCUGUCUAUCGCUUUGUUCCAUCCUUAUUACUUUUUCUUCUUCUUCUUCCUCCUCCUCUUCUUCUUGUGUGUGUUGUCCUAUUACCGUAGUGUCGUGGUCGUGUAUUCUCAUGAUUUGUAGAUCACGCCGCCGUCGUUCUCGAAAGGCGACUCGAAGGAUCGGCUGUUCGAGGCGCUGUAUCCGCGCGUGGACGGUCCCGCCGACACGCGUCACUUUGUGGAGGAGGUGCAGGAGCCGACCGAGUUUGUCAUCGCCGCCACGCCUCAACACGCCGACCUGUUUGCCGAGUUUUAGAGAAAGAGCAUGUACUUCAUGUUCUCCAUGUUCUUCUUCGUCUUCUUCUUCUUCUUCGUCGUCGUUUUACUAUAGCCGCUGCACACACAGCACUCUUUCUCUUGGUUUGGUUUCCAUUUUAUUAUUAUUAUUAUUAUUAUUAUUAUUAUUAUAUAGUAGACAUUUAGUCAUAGGCACCCGAGUUUUUUGGCUUUUCCGGCGGCUUUUUCGAUUAAAACUUUGAGUUUGACUCUUCUUUUUCCGAUUCUUUUCUAACAUGUAAAAAGCAAUAAUUUCUGUGCGCUUCGAUAUUUGAAGUUUUGAUUUUGAAGGUUUUGUCAGAGUUUAAAAAAACAAACAAAUUGAUUGCAAAUUUUGUGUUUUCCAACUUUGUAAUGAUGCAUUUCUCAUGAAAACAUGGGGAAGUCGCACUUUUCCAAGAGCCCCAAAUGGAUGUUGAUGGCAUGCUUUGGAAAACUAGAAAUAUCCAAAAACAGGGCCAUUUUCAUGAGAAACUAUCAAUUACAAAGUUGUAGAACAUAAAAUUCUCUAUCGAUUUGUUUGUUAAUCAUAUUUGAAAUUUCGCCGAGUUCAAAGUUGACUUUCGGCAAAAAUGAGAAGAACAUGAAAAAUAGUUGUUGUUGUGAUUCAAUUUCUGCAUGCCCUAGGGUCUAGACUAUAACAAAAUAAGGUGCGAACACUUUUCGAACGUCUCCCCACACACACACACACACAAUCAAUUUCAGAUCGAAGCUCCGUUCCUGCCGAAGUGCCGUGGUCCGGGCGACGCGUCCAACUUUGACGACUACGAAGAGGAGCCGCUUCGCAUUUCGGGCACCGAAAAGUGCGCCAAGGAGUUUGCCGAGUUCUAG